AUGGUACUGAGAUCAAAAUUAGCCAUUAUGGACCACAACGCUAACAUCAAUAAAGAACUAAUUGGCGAUAAGGCACAGUUUUCAAAAGCAACGGGAAGUUGGGUUUUGAAAAAUAAAUACGCCAAAUCUACUAAUAUCUGGAAAUACGAUAUAAUGGAAAAAGUAGAAAAAUUUUGCACUAAUAAAAAUACCAACGAUAUUAAUUCAAUUCCAAAAGUAGCUCAUGAAGUUGUAGUGCCAGAUCGUAUAGCACAAAUUCCAAAACCCGCAAUAGAAGAAUUGAAAAAAAAUAAGUUUUCUCGAUUUUCACAAGUACCUACCUAA